AUGUCGUCGUGGAAAUUUGAAUUGCCGCUUUGGCUCUUCCCCAAUCAUACAUUUGUGAUCUACGAUGUGAACAGCGCCGAUGAAGGCCUCUAUUAUUGUAAUGUGAGCAAUAAGUACGGAAUCAAUCGCGCGACGAAUCGACUACAAGUCUACAAGCCCACAUAUUUUGUACGCAUUCCGACGCCGAAACGAUUGACAUUGGAGGCUGGCGAAACGGCGGAGGUGUUUUGUGAAGCGGUUUCCGAUCCUCGCCUUCCAAUCAAAUAUCAAUGGACGAUCAAUGGCAAAUUGCUCAAUGAGUCGAAAUAUUAUGAAAUUCUACCGGAUCGCCUCCGCUUCAAAUCGGUUCGCGGACGGCACUCGGGUAUCAUCGAUUGCGCGGCGAUCACCGACGUCGACGUGAAGCUCGCCUCGAUGCAGCUGAUUGUCAAAGAUGUGCCGGCGCAUCCGAUCACCGAGCCGGUGCACUGCACCGAGCGCAAAGCCUCGAUCAAAUGGGUGCCGGCGGCGGAUCACGGCGACGCCAUCAAAAAAUAUGUCGUCGAAAUGUUCACCGAUUUUAGAAAGGAUAAAUGGGAGGUGGUGUAUGAGGAGAUCAAUGUGAACAAGGAGCACUUCGACGUCGACAUCACCCUGACGCCAUGGGUGAAUUACACAUUUCGCGUGAUUGCUCUCAAUUCGCACGGAAGGUCUGAUUUGAAGAUUGAAGGCCAAGGAAAAGAAGAAUGGCUUACGUGUCAAACGCGUCCCUCAUUCCCGUACACGAAUCCGAUAAAUGUGAGAGGCGAAGGCACGGAGCCGGACAAUCUGGUGAUCUCGUGGAAGCCGCUGGAUCGCUACUAUUGGAACGCGCCCAACAUGCAAUAUCUCGUCAAAUACAAACUUGAUGAGCCCGGACACGGAUGGACGGAAUUCCUGGUGGAAGACUCAUUGGCGAACUUCACCAUUAUACGCGAUCAGCCGACGUUUCGGCGGUAUUUGAUCAAAGUGCAAGCGGUGAACUCGAUCGGGCCGAGUAUUGUCGAGCCGGAGACGUUGAUCGGUUAUUCUGGAGAAGACGUUCCUGACGAUCCGCCGUCAGAUUUUCGAAUCUCGCAGCAUAUCAAUUUCACCACUAUCAAUUUCACUUGGAGUCCUGUCGAUGCUUCAACGGUCAAUGGGCACUUUUUGGGAUAUGAGAUUGAAUAUUGGAAUGUCGAGAAUCCCCUACGGAAGUAUUCCGUUAGAAUUCCGGCGAAUCACACGUACAAGAUUGUCACCGGAUUCCAGGCGAUCACCAAUUAUAGUGCUCAUAUUCGCACGAAGAAUCGACGCCUUCGCAGUCGACCCAGCGAUUUUGUGACGUUCUCGAUGCCGGAAGGACCGCCCGGCAAAAUUCACAAUUUUCGCGUGCAUUCGGUCGGCUCGACGGCGAUGCUGCUCGAAUGGGAGCCGCCAAUUCAGCCGAAUGGACGAAUUCGCGGCUAUUUCAUCAAAUUCCAGGAUGAGCGAAAUGAAACCGAAGAAACCUACGUCAUCCAUAAGCAGAGGCAUUAUCUCCAUGAGAAGAGCAAACCGGAUACCGGCUAUCGGGUGUCGGUUUGGGCGGAGACGCGCGCCGGCGAAGGUCCGCCGACGCUGCGGCCGGUGAGAACGUGGCCGCCGCGCAAUCCCGAUCCGCCGGUGUUCAAAGUGACGAACAUCAGUUUGGACGCGUUCACCGUCGAAUGGUUGCCCAAGAAUUUCAGCAAUUGGAAAAUGCCGGGCGCCGCGUUCUACUUGAAUUACAGCGAGCAUGGAUCGGUGAUUUGGCAACAAUCGGAGGUUGUCUAUCUGCCCGAAACGAAGGUCGAGAUUCGAGGACUCAAAGAGGACACCAAGUAUUUUUUGCAAGGCGUCGCCAAGGAUGGCGCCAGACAAAGUGAAUCGAUCUAUUUGCCGAUUCGGACCCACAAUCGGGAUUACGCGAAUCGUCUUAAAGAAGACUCGCUUCGAAACACCGCGUGGUUUAUUGCGAUUCUGGGAGCGUUGGGCAUCGGCCUUUGCACAAUUUGCUUGACAUUCUUGUGCGGCAAACGGAAUCGCGGCGAAUCGAAAUUCUCGAUCAAGCGAAAGGAGAUUGAAAUCAGCCAUCAGCAGGAUAAUGAAGAGGAGAAACAAUUUCUCGAGUAUCAAUACGGGUUCAAAAAUUGA